UCAGUCGGCAGCGGUUUCCCAUCAGCAGCCCCUGAUCUGAUUUGAUGAGUGAUUGAUUAGAUUGACCAGGUAUUGACCGGUAACUGUGUCCGAGACCUCGCGAGAGCUCGCUCUUAACGGGUUUCUUUACCUGUCUGGAUUCUGACGAUGUUUUCUGACCGCAUUCCGGCCGAAGACUUCUACACAGUGCUUUAUGUGCGCGCGCGAGUCUCUGUCAUCCGUCAUUUAUCGGCCGCCCCGCUCCACCUCGCGAUUGAUGACGUCACCGCGCUGUAUCUGCGGGAGUCUCGCGCUGUAGCGGCGCUGAUGGGACACGCGCCGGAGAGCCGCAGCGGCAGCAGUAGCAGCAGCAGCGCGCGACUACAAAGACGACAGCAGCAGCUCGAGCGAUUCGAGCGCUAACGCCGCGCGCUCGGGAUUUCAGUGCGUGUGCGCGUGCGUGUGUGUGUGUGUGUUUGAAUGACGCGUUCGGUUCGUGAACGUUUUGGCUCGCACGAGACGGCGGAGAGGAGGACGCGGUGCUAGUGUGUGCCCGCGCGCGCGUGUGUGUGUGUGUAUGUGUGCAUGUGUGUGUGCGCGCGCGCGUGUGUGCGUGCGCGUGUGUUUGUUGCGGUGUGUCUGCACGCGCCCCGCACGCGGGCUCUUCUAUCUGCAGUCUGCGCGCGCUGACGGACCCAAGCGGACGGACAGCUGCCGCUCGCGCUCUGCGCGCGCUUUAGACUGAGCAACGUGGGGGGGUGGGGGGAUGAAUUAAAACAAUAGGAUGAAGCGCCGGGACUCACGCGGAGGGAACAUGACACACACACCGGGGGACACGGAGCUGCAGCUGCAGAGCGGCGCGCGAGCCUGCUGCUGAAGGCACCGGAAACAGCGCGCGCUCCCGUGUGGUUUUGGGGGUCUUUUUUUUCUUAAUUGAGCUCGCGGAACCUUCCCAAGCAACCGCGAGCAGGUGAAGAACCUGAAGAGGAGAGGCAGAGUGGACGCACACGGGCGCGCGCUGUGUGUGUGAGACGCAGCCGGAGCGUUCCUCCCCCUGUGUGUGUGUGUGUGUGUGUGUGUGUGUGAGUGCGUGUGUGUGUGUGAGUGUGUGUGAGCGGUGGUCAGGAUGCAGGUGUCCUUUGCCUGCACGGAACACAACCUGAAGAGCCGCAGUGAGGACCGGCUCUGCGGCCUCAGGACCGCCCCGCCACCAGGGGGCAGCGGAGGUGGCGGCGGAGGGGCUGGCGGGGGUGGAGGUGGGUCAGGAAGCGGGGGCGGAGGGGUAGUCAUUGAACGGGGCAGCGUGCAGUCGGGAAAUGGAAACUACCCCCCCCAAAGCACGGUCAAACCCCGGGAGAGCGCGGGGUCACGACCUGCGGGCCAGAGCCACGCCCACAUGAAGGAAGCUAUCGGCCGCCAUAGCAACAUGAAGUACAGAAACCUGGGGAAAUCAGGCCUGCGUGUGUCGUGUUUGGGCCUCGGGACAUGGGUGACCUUUGGCUCACAGAUUUCCGAUGAGAUGGCGGAGAACCUGAUGACUGUAGCAUAUGAGAACGGUGUGAACCUGUUCGACACUGCGGAGGUCUAUGCCUCGGGCAGGGCUGAAAUCACUCUGGGUAAUAUUAUUAAGAAGAAAGGCUGGAGGAGAUCCAGUUUUGUAGUAACGACAAAGAUUUACUGGGGAGGACAGGCGGAGACAGAGAGAGGGCUGUCCAGAAAACACAUAAUCGAAGGUCUUCGAGGUUCUCUCUCCAGGCUCCAGUUGGAUUACGUGGACAUCGUCUUUGCCAAUCGAAACGACGUCAACAGUCCAAUGGAAGAGGUGGUCCGUGCAAUGACGUUCGUGAUAAACCAAGGCAUGGCCAUGUACUGGGGGACGUCUCGCUGGAGCGCUAUGGAGAUCAUGGAGGCGUACUCAGUGGCACGGCAGUUUAACCUGAUUCCCCCAGUGUGUGAGCAGGCUGAGUACCAUUACUUCCAGAGGGAUAAAGUGGAGGUGCAGCUGCCAGAACUUUACCACAAAAUCGGUGUUGGAGCGAUGACCUGGUCUCCGUUGGCAUGUGGGCUGAUCACAGGAAAAUACAGCGAUGGCGUUCCUGAAUGUUCUAGAGCUGCAAUGAAAGGUUAUCAGUGGUUGAAGGAGCGAGUGUACAGUGAAGAGGGCCGCAGACAGCUGGCCAAAAUCAAAGAGCUCCACCUGCUGGCUGACCGGCUGGGCUGCACCGCUGCACAACUUGCCAUUGCGUGGUGUUUGCGCAGUGAAGGUGUUAGUUCUGUUUUGUUGGGCGUCUCAAACACAGAUCAGCUUCUGGAGAACUUGGGCGCGCUACGGGUGCUCUCUCAGAUGACCCCUCAGACGGUCAGUGAGAUGGACGCUCUGCUGGGAAAUAAGCCGCACUCCAAGAAAGAGUCGCGUGCGUGAAGAGAGGAAGAGAAUGAGGAAAAACACAAGUGAGAAAACGAGUGUGGGCUGGAAGAAAAGAUGCAGAAAAGAAGGAUGGAUGAGAAAAGGAGUGCUUUCGCUUCCUUCCCUGUGUACUCCAUCUCCCUGCAUGGCUCCUGCAAAAAUAUCGGGCUUCCAGAAACAGAUCCAGCGCCAGACCCAUUCCAACCCAGACCAGAACCAAACCCAUUUAACCCCCACUGAACUGGACCCUUUUAACCCAAUCCAGAACCAAAACCUUAUCCUGGACCAGAACCAAAUCCAUUCCAAGCCUAACUAGAACCAAACCCAUUUCUCCUGGAUUUCAUCCAGACCAGUAUUGCACCGUAGCAAGACUGGACCUAUUUAACCCCUGCCAGAACUGGAACUAUUUAAACUGACCCAUUUAGCCCAGAUGAGAACCGAACCACAUCUGGACCUAUUUAACCCGGACAAUGACUGGACCCAGACCAAGGUUAGACCUAUUUAUUCUAGACCAGAACUGGAACUAUUUAACCUGGACCAGAAAUGCUCUAUUUUACCCACACUAUGAAUAAACUUGUUUAACCCCGACUGAACCAGAACUAGACCCAUUCAACCCUGACAAAAACCAAAACAAUACUGGAUCCAUUUAACCCAGACCACAGCUGGGCCCAUUUAAUCCAAACCUGAUUACCCCAUGUCAGAACGAAAAGGGUACUAGACUCUGCCAGAUUAGAACUGGAGUUAUUUAACCCAGACCAAAAAAAUUUAACUCAAACCAGAACUAGACCCAUUCAAUCCAGGCCAGUACUGGACUCGUUCUGUUCAAAGCAGAACCAAAUCUGUUUACCCUCAUAUCUAAAACGAAGUACUGGUACUGAAUGUUUUUGACUUAGGCCAGAGCUAGUCCCAUUCAUCCGUGACAAGUACCAAAACAAUGCCAGAUCCAUUUAACCCAGAACUGUUUACACCAUGUCAGAAGCAAAAUGAUACUAGACUCUGCCAAGACUCAUUUAUCCCAGAUUAGAACUGGACUUAUUUAACCCAGACCAAAACUUAACACAUUUAGCUUGGACCAGAACUAGACCUAGUCAACCCAGGCUAGUACUGGACCUAUUCAGUUCAAACCAGAAUCAAAUCUAUUUACCCUCACGUCAGAACCGAAUCAGUACUGAACCCUGAGGAGUACUGGAAACAUUUAUCCCGGACUAGAACUGAAUCCAUACUGGAUCCAUUUAUCCCAGACCACAACUGGACCUAUUUAAUCCAAACCAAACCAAACUGUUUCAGUUCUGACGUGGGGUAAACAGGCUUGGCUGUUUACCCCACGUCAGAACUGAAACAGUAAUAGACUCUCCAAGACGCAUUUUCCUCCGAUUUGAACUGGACUCAUUUAACCCGGACCAAAACUUGACUUAUUUAGCUUGGACCAGAACUAGACCCAUUCAACCCAGGCUAGUCCUGGACCCUUUCAGUUCAAAUAAGAACUGAAUUUAUUUACCCACACCUAAGACUUGAAUCGGGACUGGACCAGGACGAGGACUGCACCCAUUUAUCCUGGACUAGAUAACCCAGACCAGAACCCGUUCUGCAUCACUAGCCCUGCUUUUUUAUGAAUAUAUAACCAUUAACUAAAAAUAUCAGAUUUUACUCUAAAUGCAGCAAGAACACAGAGACAGUGAGAACUAAGGCUGUUCUAUUAUAUAUCACUCAUCCGGAGAAAAAGAGACGGAGAAAAUAAGUAAAUCAGAGCAUCAGGUUUCUGUCUUCCAGGAGAAACAUUUACCGGAGGAAGAUGGAGGGAGAUGAAGAGAAAAAAAAACCUCUCCCAGAAUGCAGCAGGCUUUAGGCACAUGUAUGAAUGUGUUCGGACUGCUGGGCCACUGCUG